UUGGCUAUUAUUUCUUCAAAAAAUGUCAUUUUCUUGUCAAAUUAAAAAAAAAAAAAUUGUUAAUUAAAAAUAAAAAAUCAUAAAUAAAAUGGAGAAUUUAAGCAAAAAUGUUAUCCUCUAUACUGAAACCAGCAAGCAAGCAGAACACGAGCACACUCGCUACCUGAAAGAGAAAGCUUGCCUAGGCGCUACAUAUUAUUUUGUUUUUGUUUUUUUUUUUUUUUUAAACUUGUUAUUUUAAAUUUCUGAAACUCAAAUUUUAGUUAAUGGCAAUUUCUACUUCUUUUGCACCCAUUAACACUCUCAAUCCAGUUUCUCCUUCUUAUUAUUCUUUGGGUCCCUUCAAAAUUCACCACCCCCGCUUUAUGAGGGCUCAUAGCACCCCAAACGGACGGUUGCUAAUUCAUUGCUGUUCUGACAUGGGCGCAACCUCAGAACCCAUGAGUAUUAGGCAGGCCCAGAUGACAUCUAUGGCUGCAUUUGGAAUGAACGAGACUAGCUUGUCUAGACCAUCUUAUAAAUGGCAAAGGGUGUUGCUUAAAGUGAGUGGAGAAGCACUUGCAGGAGAUCGUACACAAAAUAUUGAUCCAAAGAUUACAAUGGCCAUUGCAAGGGAGGUUGCAUCUGUGACACGCCUAGGAGUUGAGGUCGCUAUUGUGGUUGGUGGGGGAAAUAUCUUUCGUGGAUCCUCUUGGGCAGGAAGUAGUGGCCUUGAUCGUUCAUCUGCUGACUACAUUGGGAUGCUAGCAACAGUUAUGAAUGCCAUAUUUCUUCAAGCAACCAUGGAGAGUAUUGGCAUUCCAACUAGGGUUCAGACUGCAUUUCGUAUGUCAGAGGUUGCUGAGCCAUACAUACGUCGAAGGGCUAUCAGGCAUUUAGAGAAAGGAAGAGUUGUGAUUUUCGCAGCUGGAACUGGGAAUCCUUUCUUCACCACAGAUACUGCUGCAGCCCUGCGUUGUGCAGAAAUUAAUGCAGAGGUGGUGUUGAAAGCGACAAAUGUUGAUGGGGUCUAUGACGAUGAUCCUAGGCAUAACCCAAAUGCUCGUCUUCUUGACACGCUAACUUUCCAUGAGGUGACUUCAAAAGAUCUCUCAGUGAUGGACAUGACAGCCAUUACUUUGUGCCAAGAAAAUAAUAUCCCUGUUGUAGUCUUCAAUCUAUCGGAACCUGGUAAUAUCUCAAAAGCAAUAUUGGGAGAAAGGGUUGGCACAUUGAUUGGAGGGACACGGAACUCAACAGUAGCAAGGACAUGAUAUUGAUUGUUCCCAAUUGCUUGGUGGCUUCCCCUCAUGCUGUAUAGAAACUGAUAGAUUUAGGGGUAACAUCUGGUGUUUGGAUUUGGAAUUUGAAGACAUGAGCAUGAUUUAAAUUUAGAAGGUAAAAAAUUACCAACAAA